AAGCAAGCUAGCUAGUCAACAGCCAUGGCAUGGAAGCUGCGCGAUCUCUCACUCCUCCUACUAGUCUCCGUUUUCUUCCUCCCAUCACCAAUCUCAUCCCAAAAGCACCAUCCCCUCCGCCGCCGCCACCCCUUAGACUCACUAAGCGAAUCGGAGCUCUCCCACGUUCAAAUCCUUAUAAAAUCGAAGUACCCCACCUCCUCCCACAACCUAACCUUUCAUUAUGUAGGAGUGGAUGAGCCAGACAAGGCCACAAUCCUCUCCUCAUGGCUCUCAAAGCCCGGUGCCACCGAUCUACCCCCACCGCGCCGAGCCCUUGUCCACGUGCGAGUCAACUGCCGCUCCCGCGAACUCGUAGUAGAGCUGCGGCCCACUCGUAGCAUCGUGUCUGACAAAGUCCAUGACGGGGACGGGUACCCGAUCCUCACCCUGGAGGAGCAGGCGGCGGCAGGGCAGGAAACGGUGAACUACCCGCCAUUCAUGGCGUCGAUUAGGAAGAGGGGUUUGGAUAUUUCCCAAGUAGUGUGCUCAACUUCAAGCGUGGGGUGGUUUGGAGAGAAGAAGAGUAGGAGGGUGAUAAGAGUGGUGUGCUUUUAUAGGAAUGGCACGGUGAAUGUAUACAUGAGGCCAAUAGAGGGAAUAACGGUGGUGUUUGAUUUGGACGAGAUGAAAAUAACCAAGUACAAGGACUGGGAUACGGUGCCAUUGCCCAAGGCAGGAGGGACGGAGUACCAAGCGGCGAAGCAAGCGCCGCCGUUUGGGCCGCACCCUGGUGGCGUGACGGUGGUGCAAUCGGAUGGGCCAGGGUUCAGGGUUGACGACGGCACUGUCAGGUGGGCCAAUUGGAAGUUUCAUCUAAGCUUUGAUGUUCGAGUUGGCCCAAUCAUAUCGCUAGCAUCUAUUUACGAUGUGAACUGCAGAGUCUCGACAGGUGAUGUACAAGGACCCGUGUCAAUUGUUUGGGCCGUACAUGUACACACCGAAGAAUGUACUUCCGGUCAUUUUUCGAUUUGGGAGAUCGGGUUGGGUUAUGCCGCCAUAGAGAUGGAGCCUUUGGACGAUUGUCCCCGCCAAUGCGUUGCUCCAAAUCCCAAAUUGAGCCUGCCAUUGUGCAAUUCGACUCGAGACGAUUCCAAGGGUGGAAACUACGUCUCAAACAAACACUGGGAGAGUCUACACGAGCUCCCACGAAGACAGCGUUUUUCCCACAUGCCGCACGCGCCGACAAAGACUCUGACAGACGGCGACACGCGCCUUACGCGCCCGCACGCGUCUUCUUCGCCUGAUUUGCGACCUGGAUCCUCGACCCGUAAGCCGGAUCCGUACCCGAGCUUUGACCUGCAUCCGACCCGCUCCCAGCAGCGGACACGCGGCACACGCCGAGAACGCCACGUGGCGUAA